UAUACAUGUUCCGACUCCGUGUUUGUAAAGAGAGAUGUAAAGAAAGCUGGAACGCAACAGUUUCAGCUUCAUCAGAAAGAUGCGUAGAGUAUCAUUUAUAAAUUCCAUUUAUAUUCAUUGUUAACUUAAGAAAGAACCUGACACUUUUAUAUUUGUCUUGUAUUACUGUAUAUACUCUUAAAACAAGAAGUUUUCGCUUAUCAGUUAAAAAUGGAUGAAUUAAAGGAAGAAAACCUAAAGAAUGUCGACGUGGCUGAUUUUGUGGAGAAAACCGUUGUAGAUGAAAUGAAAGAGGAGCAAGAAGAAGAAGAAGAAGAGGACGAUGAGGAGGCAUUGCCACAUUCUGAAUUUCUUGACAUCUUCGAGGAAGGACUGGCUCUAAUUGUGCAGGACCCUUUACUGUGUGACCUGCCAAUUCAGGUCACACUGGAGGAGGUGAACUCUCAGGUGGCUCUGGAAUAUGGUCAGGCCAUGACUGUUCGCGUUUGUAAGGCUGAUGGAGAAGUCAUGCCUAUUGUGGUUGUGCAGUCUGCUACGGUUCUGGACCUCAAGAAAGCCAUUCGCAGAUAUAUGGAGCUGAAACAACAGCGAGAGGGAGGUGUCAAGCACAUCAGCUGGAAAUACGUGUGGAGGACAUUUCAUCUGGUCUUCAACGGAGAGAAAUUAGAAGAUGACAAGAGAAAGCUGAAGGACUAUGGGAUCAGGAACAGAGAUGAAGUGACUUUUUUGAAGAAAUUGAAGAAAAAAUGAACAGGGACAAAUGCCAGUCCUCAUGUAUCGCUCUAAUUUGUAAAUAGUCAAGACAUUUAAAAGAAUAGUUCACCCAAAAAAUAAAAAUUCUGUCAUAAUUUACUUACCAUCGAAUUGUUCCAAAUCUAUAUGAAUUUCCCUUUUCAGUUGAACACAAAAGAAGAUAUUUUGAAGAAUGACUGUAACCAAACAGUUGACGGUAGCCAUUUACUUGGUAUUUUUGCUACCGUCAACUGUUUGAUUACCAACAUUCUUUAAAAUAUCUUCUUUUGUGUUCAACAGAAGAAAGAAAUUCAUACUUAAGGGUGAGUAAAUGACAAAAUGUUCAUUUUUGAAUGAACUAUCCCUUUAAAACUCAUUCUCAUGGCGUUUCAAACCCUUCCAUGGAACAAAAAAGGAAAAACAUUGAAGAUUUUUUUUUUUGCCUCUGAAUGCUUUUUAACUUCUCUUUUCCACACAACAUUUAAAGGGUGAGUUCACCCAAAAAAGAAAAUUCUGUCAUUUAUUACUCACCCUCAUGUCGUUCCACAC